AUGAAGCUCUGGGUUCUCGGCGUCAUUAUUAGCAUGUGGCUACAUGUGGUUCUGUCUGCUCAGGGCCGCUACGCUCAGAAGCUGCUGAACGAUCUGAUGGAGAAUUACUCCAAAGCUCUGCGGCCCAUCGAGGACACGGACGAGGCGCUGAACGUCACGCUGCAGAUAACGCUGUCCCAGAUCAAAGACAUGGAUGAGAAAAACCAGGUUCUGACCACGUACUUAUGGGUCCGACAGGUCUGGCAUGACCCCUACCUGCGCUGGGAUAAGGACGAGUACGACGGGCUGGAGGUCAUCCGCAUCCCGAGCGACCUCGUCUGGAGACCCGACAUCGUUCUUUACAACAAUGCUGAUGAGGAAGAUUCGUCAGGUCCUCCUGACACUAACGUGGUGUUACGCUACACGGGCGAGAUCACGUGGGACGCUCCCGCUAUCACCAAGAGUACCUGCGUGGUGGACGUCUCCUACUUCCCCUUCGACAGCCAGCAGUGCAAGCUGACCUUCGGCUCCUGGACCUACAACGGCAACCAGGUGGACAUCAACAUGGGCGGGAUGGAAGGUGGUGACCUCUCAGACUUUGUAGAAAACGUGGAAUGGGAGUGCCACGGCAUGCCGGCCGUCAGGAACGUGAUUAUGUACGGUUGUUGUUCAGACCCGUAUCCUGACAUAACCUACACGGUGCUGCUGAAACGUCGCUCCUCCUUCUACAUCUACAACCUGCUCCUGCCCUGCUUCCUCAUCUCCUUCCUGGCCCCGCUGGGUUUCUACCUUCCUGCUGACUCUGGAGAAAAGGUCUCGCUGGGAGUGACCGUGCUGCUGGCCCUCACCGUCUUCCAGAUGAUGGUGGCCGAGAGCAUGCCUCCAUCAGAGAGCGUGCCGCUCAUCGGGAAGUACUACAUUGCAACCAUGACGAUGAUUACGGCCUCCACCUCCUUGACCAUCUUCAUCAUGAACAUUCACUUUUGCGGCGCAGACGCCAAACCGGUGCCACACUGGGCCAAAGUCCUGAUCAUCGACUACAUGGCCAAGAUUUUCUUUGUGUACGAGGUGGGGGAGAACUGCACCACGUCCGGGAGUGAACGUAGCUCAGCUUUCGGGGAGGACCCCCGGCUAGGGCUGGAAAAUAACGCCUACUUUUCCAGCAGUUUUUACAUCAAGAAUGAUGAUGGACGUCACCAUGAGAACAAAAGGUACCGCCAGUGCAGAAACCCUCAGGCUAACGGGUACCAGUACAACGGCUCACACAGGCACCAUACAGCACCUCACAGACCUAAACCUGCACCGCACAUCGGGCGAGACGGCGAGGCUUUACAUAUAAGAGAGGAGAAACUGGAACAGAGCGACCUCUCCAUCCCGGCGAAGCUUCACGAGUACAGUUACGAACACAGCAGCAGCUACGCCACCGGCUAUCACCACGACACCGGCUACAGCGACCCGUACACCACACACGACCACGGUAAGAGACCUGAUCCAGCCGAGUGCACGUGUGUCUGUACCCAGCACCAAAAAGUGGUCCAGAACAUCGAGUACAUCGCCAACUGCUUCCGGGAACAAAGAUCGAACCAGGCCAAAGGAGCCGAGUGGAAAAAAAUUGCCAAGGUGAUGGACAGGUUUUUCAUGUGGAUCUUCUUCAUCAUGGUCUUCCUCAUGAGCAUACUCAUCAUGGCCAAAGCCUCCUGAGAUCAUGUGACUCAGAUACCAUCAGUUUAAAAAUAAACGGUCGAUUCAUUUUGUUCCUGAGCUUGUUCAGGAAUCACGCCAACACUAAUUCAGUUCCUUUAACUACAUGUGGUCGAUUUGUAUUGUGCUUAAUC